CUGUAACGGUGCAUGUUGGCCUGAAAGCAGAAAAUCAGCGGGCCCAGGGCACUGCGCGGUUGUUGUGUCUCUGGCAGCAUCAGGUCGCACACGGAGGAGAAGCAAUGGGAAGGAGUUUGUCUGGCAGCAAACGCACUUUGUGAGCGCUUCUCCAUGUGACCCAACCUAAGAGCACAAACAUCUGUUUGCCUGCUCCUUGCUACACAUAGCUGUCCUUGUUGUCCCCUCUUGUGGGAACACAGCUUUAAUUACAGGACAAAGUGCCUUCUGAGAUCAACGGGUGAAUGCGAGUGCUGAAAGAGGAGUAAAUCAUGUCACGUUGGAUCUGUAGUGUGGGAAUAGGGAUAGGAGAGCAGGCACUGCGGGUGCGGCGGGAUUCAUUCCCCUUGGUGAUGGCAAGGUGAUGCAGGGGGUGAUAUGGGGAAUGUCCAUGGUCCAUGCACUCACUGCCCAUCUUUUUUUUUCUCUCCCCAAGCUCCCCAGUUUGGUGUAGGCUUUAGAGACUGCUCGAAGGCGGGUGAAAAGCAAAUCAGCCCCUUGGGGGCCAGAGGGGGCCUGCCCAGCCGGGCAGGGGCUGCGGGGGAUAUGCUAAUGGAGCCGGGCCGCUGCGGGCCAACCUCCCACAAUGCGCCUAUAUAGGGCCCCGCAUCAGCCGGCGGCCACUUUGUCUCGGGUCGCUAAUUGCAGAGGGAAUCACUGCACUGCUGCGAGCUGCCAGCCCACUCUGCUGCCUCGGACGAAGAGAUGGAGGUGAUGGACAGCUGCCAGUUCUCCCCAUCCGAGCUCUUCUAUGACAGCUCCUGCCUGUCGUCCCCUGAGGGUGAGUUCCCCGAGGAUUUUGAGCCAAGGGAGCUGCCUCCCUUUGGAGCCCCUGUGCCCACUGAGCCUGCCUGCCCUGAGGAAGAGGAGCACGUCCGGGCCCCCAGUGGACACCACCAGGCUGGCCACUGCCUCAUGUGGGCUUGCAAAGCCUGCAAGAGGAAAUCCACCACCAUGGACCGGCGGAAGGCAGCCACUAUGAGGGAGAGGAGGAGGCUGAAGAAAGUAAACCAAGCAUUCGAGACCUUGAAGAGGUGCACCACAGCCAACCCCAACCAGAGACUCCCCAAAGUGGAGAUCCUGAGGAACGCCAUCAGGUACAUCGAGAGCCUCCAGGAGCUCUUAAGGGAACAGGUGGAGAACUACUAUCACCUGCCGGGACAGAGUUGCUCCGAGCCCACCAGCCCCAGCUCCAGCUGCUCCGAUGGGAUGGCGGACUGCGGCAGCCCGGUCUGGCCGGCGAGAGGCAGCAGCUUCGAGGCGGGGUACUGCCCCGAGAUGCCCCACGAUUACGCGGCGGAGCAGAGCGGCGCGCUGUCCAGCCUGGACUGCCUCUCCAGCAUCGUGGACCGCCUCUCUCCGGCAGAGGAGCCGGGGCUGCCCCUCCGCCACGCCGGCUCCCUCUCGCCAGGCGCCAGCAUCGACUCGGGGCCCGGGACGCCCGGCUCGCCGCCUCCCCGACGGACCUACCAGGCGCUAUGAAGGGCCGGGGCCACCGCCCGUUCCGGGGCUGACCCCGGCUGCCCUCUCGUCCGGCCUCCCCGCAAAAGCUCUCGGGAGGGAGGAGCGGCCCCGGCUCCGCUGCCGUCGGGGCUGGGGGCGAUGCCGCCGC